AACCGUGUGCUGUGUGAGUGUGAGCUGCUGCUGGUGGGGCAGCACCGCUUUCUCUAUCUUGAUCUGAACUACUAACCAAGUCUUAGAGAGAUCAAAAUCCAAUCCCGUUCUGAGAAAAAAAAAAGAGAAAUGACGUUAUUUGAAUAUGUGCCCAAAAUCCUUAAUGAAUAACUUAGGACGAGUAGGAGGCAAAUGCUGCCCCAGCUGUUUCCUGUUGAAAAUGUCUGUGUAAUGUAGAUAAAUGUGAGGGAUUUUCUCUCUAAAUCCGUCUCCUGUUCGCUAAAUCUCACUUCUCCAAAACGAGCCUGCGCAAUGGAACAAAGUCGGAAUAUUGAGAUGUGACAUUGCCCGCAUCUCAUCCUCUUUCUCCCCGUUUUUAAUGACUUCAAACAAGUUCAUUUUCGCCGGGCUUUGUCUUGCGGAGACCCGUGGGGAUGUCUAGCGCUCUUUCCUUUCAGUGGCAUUUAUGUGAUGUCUUUAAGAGUGCGAUGUGCUGUAUCUCCUGUAGCCACACCCUCUCACUACUGCUGUGCGUCCUCACCCUGACUCCGACGGCAACAGGGGCGGGCCCAGAGACCCUGUGCGGGGCGGAGCUGGUCGACACGCUGCAGUUUGUGUGUGGAGAGAGAGGCUUUUAUUUCAGUAAACCAACAGGCUAUGGCCCCAAUGCACGGCGGUCACGUGGCAUUGUGGACGAGUGCUGCUUCCAAAGCUGUGAGCUGCGGCGCCUGGAGAUGUACUGUGCACCUGCCAAGACUAGCAAGGCUGCUCGCUCUGUGCGUGCACAGCGCCACACAGAUAUGCCGAGAGCACCUAAGGUUAGUACCGCAGGGCACAAAGUGGACAAGGGCACAGAGCGUAGGACAGCACAGCAGCCAGACAAGACAAAAAACAAGAAGAGACCUUUACCUGGACAUAGUCAUUCAUCCUUCAAGGAAGUUCAUCAGAAAAACUCAAGUCGAGGCAACACUGGGGGCAGAAAUUACCGAAUGUAGGGAAAGAAGGAAUGGACAAAUGCCCAGCGACUUGGGAAGAGAGAAGGGAGUGGCCUUACCUGGUACCCCUGUGGAAUGGUUCACUGUAAAACAAAACAAAAAGAAUGCUAACAAAGGUCCGAAAAGCUCUUCAAAAUGAUUGAAACCUGAGAGCUAAGUGGUGUUUAAGGGUUUGAUGAGGGAUCUUGUGAUUAUUUUAUACACUGCACCAUUCCAUAUCGGGAAGAAUUCUUUGUUAAUGCAAUGUAACAGACUAGUUUAGCUGCUGAGACACAAACGAGCUUAUUGUACCUCCAUGUGUGAGCUGCAGCAUCCCCUGGCUCCAGGAAAGGUGGGAACGGAUCUGUGCUUCAGCCUAUCCGUGAGCGACAGGCUAUGUUUGAGAAUGAGUGGUCCAUCCUGUCCCCUGAACUUUGCGGAGGUAAAUCCUUUCAGUCUGAGAGAGUGGAUUCAUUCACUAAGUUAGACAGGAUACUUUGUCACCGGUCACAUAUAACAGUUUCUACCCCAGUUAAAAUCUGAGUUUGUUUUUAAGCACUAUGCAUUACUGCGGAUAUUUUUAAUAGGUAAAAACAAGGUUUUGCUUCAAAGGACAAAGACCAGGUGGUUCAUUAUCAGACUUUCAAUAUUGUUAUAGUUAUUUUACUUUGAGCCCAAAUCCCUACUUCUCGUGGACUCCUGAAGGCAGAGAUUGUCUGUCUAAGUGGAGUCCCUUGAAGGUUUGUGUCCAAUCCAAAUCCCUCCUAAGCCUCGGAAAGUGUUGAGAACCUGAGGACGGACUUCUAUAACAACAGAUCAAGCACCAUUAGAGGGGAUUUUAAGGAAGGUGGGAAGUAUAAAACCAAGAUUGAGAAACGAAUUAAUCAGAAGCUAAAUUGAAUUAAGGUCUUUUGGCCAGUCAGUGCACGGUGCUUGUUUGGUUGCAAAAAAUGGGUCAUUCAGUGGAUUCAAAGUGCAUUUGGCAUAAGUCAGUGGAAUAAGUCAAAUAGCAACAAUCAGGCAAAAUGUUUGUUGUGGCCAAAUCUGAUUUUUGUCAACAAUCCAGUAACUGGUGAUCAACAUUUGCGUCUGAGUGGAGGCCUUUGUUCAAGGUUUAGUGCAAGUCAUGAAAGUUUAGUUACAGCAAGUCAACAAGCGCUCUAAAAAGAGAUUUUUUUCUUCUGUUCCCUUAAAGAACUAACAAUAUGUUCCCAAAUCUGUCAACACUUAAAUUUGAAGCAAGAGAAGGAGAGACUCUUAAGAAUAGCCACGUAGAUGGGAAGUUAAAACGAUUGAUCGAUCUCGGCCUGUUAUAUUUUGUUCUUUUAGGGAGGCCGAGAACUUUGCUACUUCAGUUGUCGCUUGGACCGCAUUAUCUGCCAUCAUGGCGAGAGUACAACAAAAAUCCACAGCAUCUGUUGCAAAGUCCACUGGAGAAACAUGCAGAUGAAAUGAUUUGGUAAAUAUUGCAAACCAAAAUGACAAGUCUUCCUGGAGAUAUGAGAUGCAGCACACAUAUAACUACAAAAACACACAUACAAAACAACCACAGUGUAAAUGAGAGUUGUGUAACUGUGAGUAAGGUUCAAACACACACACACACACACACACACACACACACACACACACACACACACACACACACACACUUUUCAUGAAAAGCCGGUUCUGAGAAGUCCUUGCAUGAGGGCUGACAGUCACGGCUGUUUGUUCAAGCCUCCAUGCGGCUUUACAGUAAUUGUAUUGCACAAACCACCCAAGACAUCUCAUCUCUGCCUCCUCUACCUGUGUAUAAUCAAACAGUACUCCCAUUUAUGUUAACCUAUGCAUACCUAUCAUUCAUUGUACAUGAUGGUUUCAUAUAACAAAACUGUAUUAAGAAUCCUAUCCACUGUAUAAUGGUGCUAUUUUGUAGUUUGUUACUUGCAAGAGAUGGCUGAUACAGACAGAUGGCAGGGCUUACAUUGGAGGUCUUCCCUUUUGCACAGCCUUGUGGCCACCAUUUUAAUAGUGUUUUUAUUUGUAAGCUGUUUCAAUAAGGUAGUAUUGUAAGCGAGUAAAUGUAUCUGUGUGAAAUCUGUGAAUGCAUGGAGAUAAAAAAAAAAGAAAAUAUCAUGUUGUGGUCCCAAGAAGGCAAAAUGCUAUUUUUUCUACUGUUUUUGAAUUAUUUUCUCAAUAUAGAUCCCUUAUGCCAAAUAACUUGACAAAAGUACUGUGAACUGUGGUUCUUCCAAUUGUAUUAAGAUUGUUAAAAGUCAUGGUGUGCUUUUGUCUGUCCUGAGAUGUGUGUGUGUACAUGCACCUCGCUGGAAGCCAAGGUAUUGAUUAUUAAAAACGCUUAACGCGAGACUACGUAACUUUUGCUGAACAGCGGCCACUGUGGCUACAAGUGGUAAUUACAGGAUAAUGGCAUAAAACAUUUGCCUUCAUUUCCCAAGAUUAUCGUGAGUCAGACAACAUUAUUUUUUCAGCUGUGACACACUGAAAUGGAGUGUAACAGGAGCACAAGUAGACAACAACCAUAAUAUCAGAAAAUGUACUCAUUAAUGUCACACAGUGUCUAGCUUAAAGGAAUAGUUUGACAUUUUGGGAAAUUCACUUUCUUGCUGAGAAGAUCAAGCUAAGCUUAGCACAAAAAGUGGAAACAAGAAAGCUCACCUUGCCUGACUUUGUGCAAAGUCAACAAAAUCGACCUACCGGCACCUCUAAAGCUCACAAAAUAACACAAGAAGUGACACAUUAGGUUUUUUUUUUUUGUUUUGUUUUUUAAACAAACAAGAUUUUAGAAGUGCUAGUUGGCAAGAUAGCCAAGUAAGCCGUUUCCCCAUUUCCAUUAGUUAUGAUAGGCUAAGCCAACUGGCUUCUGGCUGUAGCUUGAUAUGUAGCCUACAGAUAUGAGCGUGUUAUCAAUAUUCUCAUCUAAGUCUGGGCAAGAAUGCAAAUAAGCGUAUUUCCCUAAAUGUCAAACUUUUCCUUUAAGUUUGCUAACGUUAGCUAACAUUAGCCUGCACAAGCUACUGGUCAUACCAGACCAAUUAAGGCUAUAGUGGCAAAAUUGAAUUGCCACUAUGCUGAAUUGAGCAAUGGUGCGUUUUGUUGCUUAUGAAUUAAUUUGUUAGAGGAAGAAUGUGUUAUUCCCUCAGAAUGUUUCAAAGUCUCAUUUUAGGAAUAAGCCAGGAGUUUAAUUUAUUUUGACCAAAACAUUUGUUAGAAGCUCUCUGAAUUCAAACUUAUUUUCACCGAUUAAUUUAAAAGUGUGUUUUUAUCUGUAUGAUAAUAAUGAUCAACAUAUGCAGCCUACUUUGGUGUCUAUUCCUUACAAAUUAUAUUACCAGUCGGCCUGGCGGCUGAAAUAAAAAUAAGCUGGAUGUAGAACCACUCCGGUUCCCCCAGAUUUUCAGAUAUACAGUACAAACCAAAGACAUCAAUUCACACACUGUAUCUGGUAACAGCUUAUAAUGUAAUGCAUAGUGAAGUGAGACAGACAAAAGUCCCUUUCUGUGUAUCUGUUUUUUAAGAAAGCUGCAGCAACUUUAAAUCAUGUUGACUAUGAAUCAUUCAAACACUCUGUCACUUGUGUGAAAUAUAAAUCAAUAAAGUCUAAAAUGUGGGAGUGAGAGAUUCACCACUCUGUGAGGUGUUUAAUGAGAAAAUGUCAUUUCCUGAGAAGUCCAAGAAACUGUUUGAUUACAGCGCUGUUAUUCAUGGUGCUCGAUUGCCUUCUGUAGAAAAAAAAAUACUGACAAAUUGUUCACCAUUCCUGCUGAAUAAACCACUUGUCAACAUCACA